GCGCGCGUGAGGGGGACUGGCGUAGAGCGGGAGACCCUGUGGCCGCGCGCGGCUCAGCUGCCGGCCCGGGCGUCCGCGCUCCUUCCCUUUCUGGCCGCCCUCCCUCGGCCCGCAAUAUGCCUCCGCUGCCCGCUGGCUGGUGGUCGCCAUGCCGGGCAUUCGCGGGAGCUCGCCGUCCCUCUCGCUCCGGGGGCUGGCUGCCGCGUCGGGGUUUCUGCUUCUGCUGCUGCUGCUGUUGCUGAAGGGGCGCCCGGGCUCCGCAGCCUCCACCGGCGCCGCCGACCUCGCCAGGCGCCCUCCGAAGCAGCAGCCGCAGCGAGCCGCCCUGGCGGAGGCAUCUUCCUCCGCCGCUGCUUCAGGUACGUCUCCCCGCACUCUGACCGCGCAACAUGCGAGUAUUUGCACCCAGAGGCUCCCGCUUGAAAAAAACAACCUCCCCCACGUAACACCCACAUUUUUCCCCGUAUUGCGUCGCACCCCAUUUCUUUCCCUCGCGUUGCACCUUUUCGUCCCCGUCCCCGGGUUGCAAUGCAUGCACACACUAUCCCUUCUCUCCGCCCUUAUGAGUGGACGGAAAGACCCAUUCAUUCCCUUUAACCUUCUGAUCUGGAUUGUUGUUAUGAUGAUGAUGAGUAUUUAGCAGCGUGCUGCUCUGCUCUCGCCUUAUGCCGUUCAUCCGUAUUAAGUAGCCCGCCUGGGGAACGUGCAUUCGCCUCUUUAGCGUGGAGGGCUUGCGGUAGUAGAUCUGCCCUCGCUAGCUUGCCACAGCAUCACCCCUGUUUUAAGAUCUGGGGAGGGAAUGUCGCAUCGGGUUGGGUUGGGUUGUUUUGUUUUAUUUUGUAUGGGGUUUGCCUGAACAGCGCGGUUUCUCUGGAGAGGCUGGCGAGUUGCUUGGAGAGGUUGCCCAAUUUUAUAGACGGCCUCCUCGCUUUCUCGCAGAGUUUACAUGGCAAGCCCAGACCGGCUUCCUCUCAUCCCCAUCCAUCCAUCUCUCCCUCUCCCUCUCUCCCCGCCCCCCACCCGACGUUUUUCACUUUUGCCACUAUACCCGUCUCUUUUCUUCCAUGCAGAUGGAUGAGUGCGAUCAGAAUGGUAAAAUGUAUUUACAUCAACUGGAAAUGCGACAUUCAUUUUUUAAAAGGCUACAUAGAAAGAACAGGACAGCAUGUUCUCCCCAGAAACAAGAAGAUGCAGUUUCAGUGGGAUCAGGGAUGAAACAAGGCUUUAUUUCACCCAGGUCAAGGACCCAGUUUGGCACACACCCCUCCCCCAGGAUGGGAGCGUCAAUAGCUCCCCUUUGGAGGCUUCACCUGGGGCAAAACCCACGGCUCCCACCCCCUCCAAUUACGGCACUGAGUGGGAUGCAUCUAAUGCACAAGCCCUCUCCCCUCCCAAUAUUGCCUCAUACCUCUCACCCCCACCCCCAUAAUGCAAUCUAUUUCUUUAUUCACACCAUUAAUUUCAUCAUAUUGCCUUGUUUGUAUGUGCCCCGUCCAUGGGUUGCAUCAUCUCCUCCCCUUUCCUCUCUAAAGCUGCACCUAUACACUGACACCAAAGCUCCCCUCUGCUUUCCUCGCUUGGGUGGACUCCCUUAUUUCUCUCUGGUCCUUUUGCCUCUGCUUCCCCUUUAAACCCCGCAGUCUCCCUUCCUCUUCCCAGAAGACUGGCUCUAGCCUGGACCAUGCAUGUGCUGCUUGUUAUUUAUGGAUAGUGUUGCUGAGGAGGGGGUCUUGGCACUGUGUGUUUAAUGAAGCAGCUUCCUUGCCUCUUGGGGAUGUGAAUUAGCCCUCCAGUUGCUGUUCCUUUCCCUCUAUGGGGAUUUAAUAGCUGACCUGGAGCAGCUGCUGCUAUGCUGUACUUUAAAGCUGAUAUUGAAAGCAGCUCCAUUGGUGUAUUGUGAUGUGAUAUUCCUUCAACCAUUCCCUUCUAUCCGCAGAAAGGGAAAUAUUUUGUAUUACUCAUGGAAGAGUCCUUUUUAAAAGAUGGAGAGAUGUCGUUUAACUAGAAGGGAGAUGAAAGUGUCUUGGGAUUUCUUGCAGCUCAAAAUGAGCUUUCUUACCUGAACAUCGUAUAUUGAGGAAAAUCAGUUGGAGUUUGAAUUCACCAUUUUAUAAUUUUUUUGUUUUAAUGGAUCUUGUGCUCUCACUUGGCAUGAGUUCAAAUAUAUGUGCAGAGUAUGACACAUCCAACAAGGAAGUUGCACAUCUGGUGAUUUGUGAUACAUCAUUGGUGAUCUAAUUUGCAAAAAUGAAACACUGGCUGCUGAUGUUUCUGUCUGCAUUUUCUAAUGCCAAAUAAUGGUAUUUUUUCUUUUUCUAAUCAGAAUUCUUCUUCUCUCCCUUUCCCCUUGUUGGCUUUCUCUCCCUUGUUUUUUACUCUUUGGAUACAGCAGUGUUGUUGUUUUUAAGGGAAAUAGGUCAAGACCCAAAAAGAUGUGCUAGCUUAGUCUUUAGCUUCCAAGGUAAUACUGUUUGUUAAGCUUAGCUCAGUCAAUUUGUGCUGGUGCGAAAUGGCUAGUGUAUGUUAAAACGUCUUCAAUGACUGGCAAAAUCUAUGAGCUCACUUGUUUUUCAGAAUACUCUGCUGAGCAAGAAAAUGUGUCAUUUCCCUCCCCUCCUGGCAGUAGCGUAUGCAGAAAUGUGAUGUUUCUGGCUUGUUUCUAGAAUCAGCCUUGCAUUGCAAAUGCUCCUGUACCAUAGCAAUUGGUGAUUAAAGCUUUGUUUGAGAAUCCUUGUUUGUAACUAAGAUGCCUGUAGAUUUGUACUUCCUUCAGAUCCUUGUUAUUUAAUCCUUAAGUAGAGCCAUAACUCCUCAGAGCAGGGAUGGCCAACUGAGGGCCCUCCAUAUUGUGUUGGACUCCAGCUCCCAUCAGCCUUAGCCAUCAUUUCCAGUGGGCAGGGAUGAUGGGAGUUGUAGUCCAGGGACAACUGGAGGUCCAUAGCUGCAGGUUCAACGAGAUGCUUGUUACAUAAUGAAGCCAUGGCACUUUCUUUAAGUGCUUAAGGAAGCUGAUAUUCCUGUGAAACAUAUAAUCAUAUGACUAAACCAUUACAGUUAAGAUGCUUCAGCUCCAAAAUGUUUCCCAUUUUAUUCCGUGGAGAAUAAAAAGAGCAGUUUAAGUUACAUUGAGCUCGAGCAAAAUAAUUGUGUUGUAAACCUCUUGAAAAUGUGGCUAAAAUAAGAGGCGGGGAGCAAACAUGUUUACUCAUGAUAGUCACAUUUGGAUGCCAAAUAUACGACCAUGGACAACAGACAGUGGUUUUUAAAAGGUCUUUGUACCGGUUGUGCUUUGUUUAUACACCUCCUAAAUGAUAUUAUGACUUUUUUUCCCCGAUUUACAUAUGUUGGUUCCAGGCUCAGGAUGGACAAAAUGAUGCUCUUGAGAUUAUUUAAAAUCACAGUAACAGAAUCAUAUCAUGGAAUCACAGAAUUGAGACCCUGAGGGUCAUCUAGUCCAACCCUCUGCAGUGCAGGAAUUUCAGCUAGAAUGCCUAAAUACAAGACUGAAUGUUAGCCAAAUGAAAAGAAUAGGAAGGAGCACAAAACUUGACGGGGAGAACCAACACUAAGACCUAUGGAAUAUGAGGAAGAUACUGCUGAAAACAUUAAGGUUGAUAAUUUAUUUCAAUGUACUGAAAAUCAGACAAGCAGUUAGACCAUUAUGCAACAGAUGGGUGAAUGAAUUAGGAAAAUUGCAGGGAAACUGAAUUAAUUAUUUGCAUCUGUCUUCACUGUGGAAGAUGUUAAAUAGUUCUCAACCCAAUUUUCUGAAGAAAGGCACAAUAAAACAAAAGUGAAAUAGAAAUGACUAGAUGAAAUUCUGUUCAUCAGUACAUUAAAAUUAGUAAAUUAUCAAGUGUAGAUGGCAAACCCCUGAACUUUUUGAAAGGAUUCAAAUGUGAAACUGUUGGCUCUUCUAGCAAAAAAUUAGACAACUUGUUCUUGAAACCAGCUUCCUUAUCAGAGGAGUGAAAGAUAACCAAUAUUAUUACCAGCUUUUAAUGAGGGAUCUCAGGUGAAUCCAAGAAAUUACAGGUCUAGUAGCCUCACAUCUGCCCCAAGUAAAAUGGUGGAAAGAUGUUUGAAGCUACAAUGAUUAAAAACAUUGAAGAAUAAGCCUUGCAGAGAAUGAAUGAACGUGGCUACUACAAAGGGAAGUUCUGCUCUGGCAGCCUUUGGGAGUUACCAGAAAGCUUUUGUUAAAGCUUCUCAUGAAUAUACUUAGCAUUGCAAAAAGAGGGCAACUCUUACAGAUUGGUAACUGGUUGAAUAACAGGAAACAGCUGAUGGGCAGUUUGCAAAACAGGGGAAGGUAAGAAGUUGGAUCCACUAAGGAUCUGUAUUGGUACUGGUAUUAUUAAAUUUAUUCAUAAAUGAUAUAGAGCAGGGGUCAGGAACCACUUUUUGUUCUGUGGCAUGGAUAUCAUGUCAGGUGGAUCUGAUCUACUGGAAGGCAGCAGGAUUUACAUUCUCUACUCAAUUUAAACAGUAUCAGAAAUGGAUGGUAAGGUCUGGAUGCCAUUUUUUGUGCUUGGCUCAAGGAUUACUGAAAUGUUUGUGCUUUGAAGCCUUUGAAACCUUGUUCAGCAUAGACAAUAUGUUAAGGAGUUUAACAAUAAAGAGUAGAGUGUUUUGAAAAGUGAAGUACCGUAUUUUUCGCCCCAUAGGACGCACUUUUUCCCCUCCAAAAAUGAAGGGGAAAUCUGGGUGCGUCCUAUGGGGCAAAUGCAGGCUUUCGCUGAAGCUUGGAGAGCGAGAGGGGGGGGUGCGCACCGACCCCUCUCGCUCUCCAAGCUUCAGGAAGACAUCCGCAGCCUAGGCAGCCCUGCGGGAGUUCCCGUGGGGCUGUCUAGGCUGCGGAUAGCAGCCUGCUUCCCGGAGCGCCGGGCGGGCUGAAGCAGAGCGCCCCUCGCGCCGGGCAGACAUCCGCAGCGUGGGGAGCCCUGCGGGAGUUCCCAAAGGGCUCCCCACACUGCGGAUAGCAGCCUGCCGCCCGGGCUCGCAGGGAGCCCUGAAGCAGAGAGCCCCUCGCGCCGGGCAGACAUCGGCCAGCCCCACAAGCUCGGGGGACAGCGGGGAGGCGCAGCGCCGCCAUCCCGCUGUUCCCCGACCUGGUUUUGGGGGAGAAAUAAAGGAAAACAUUUUUUCCUUUAUUUCCCCCCAAAAAAACUAGGUGCGUCCUAUGGGACGGAGCGUCCUAUGGGAUGAAAAAUACGGUAUAUUUUAUUGUAAACACUAUAUUAAACAUGUUUUAACAAUUUCUGUUAAAAAUAUGAUAUUAACAAUGUGUCACUUAUGUGAAUCGCAUAUUGGUUUAUGCUUAUGAAAAGAAUAAAUAAAAAGUGGUGUGUGUCCCAGUGGCGACUAGACAUUCUGUUUUGGCGCCCACAACCCAGGUCCCAGGAGCCAUUUGGCUCCUAGCUUUUCCAUCCCAGUUUCUAACACUGCCCCCAAAAUAUACAAUUGAUCUUCUUCUUCUUCGAAACAAACCAAACUAAUUGCAGAAGCAUGUAGACCUCGAGAGGGGAGGAUGUGGCAAGGAGGUGGCCUCUGGAUGUUUUGGACUCCAACUCCCAUCAGCCCCACCCAGCAUGGCUCAUAGUCAGGGACUAUAGCAUCUUAGUCCAAAACAUCUGGAGAGGGACCAGACUGGGGAAGGCUGAUACGGCACAUUUUGAGUGCUGCGCAUGAGCCCUCCCUUUCCUUCUGUGUAUUGCAGUGGGACAUUAUUAAAUGACAGUAUUUUCACAAGUUCAGCUGCCUUUGACAGAUAUAGCAGCAGUGUCAUCAGCUGUGUCAUCACUGCCAAGAUGAACUGCUGUGACCCAGAAAACUAGCUGGUGCAGUGUUGUGUCCACAUAUUUCCAAACAGGGGUUGCUGCUGCCCAUCUGCUUUUAUGUGGGAAAGUAAUUUCCAAGGAAAAUGCUACCAGUAAUUUUGAACCCUGUUUGGGGGCAUUAUACAGAAGAUUGGAGAGUCUGUGGUCUGUCUCUAGAUGCCUUGUUAACAACAAGAUUUUACACUCGAGACAUGAGGACCUUCCUACAAUCACCCCAGUUCCCCUCAUAAGUUGGGGUACACACAGAGUCGGCACACAACCCAACUGAACACAUCUCUCUGGGGAUUUCGGUUACUAUUAAUACUUUAAUUGGACCUAAGGUUCUACGUCUACCUGUUGAACCAUCGUAUGGCACAUUAUUUUGGAUUCUGAGCUGGCACCCUCUAUUCACAUUGUUGAAACCUUGACACUGUACUAAGGACUGGGGAAACCCAGCCAGAUGGGUGGGGUAUAAUAUUGUUGUUAUUGUUAUCAUUUAUUAUCCUCACUCCCCAGAGACCCCCAUUCAAGUACCUUGGGCAUCUACAGGACUGCUACAUUGUUGGCCAAGCAGGAUUCACCUUUUGUGUAAACAAUAGGCUUCUUGUGGGUGCUGCACAGUGUUUGUGACCCCUGGGAUUAGCAUGAUUGUGGCAGACUGGGGGGGAAAUGGGGUUGUGGUGAUGCAAACGAUGGCGACAGCAUGCACAAUCAUGAUAUAAAAAAGCCAAUAUAUACAAACAAUGCCCCUGCAUAGGCUUGGCCUGGCUGGGACAUUUUAUGUGUGCUGGAAAGUGUUCGUGGGAACUGUCUUCAAAGAUAUUUCAGAUACUGUAGCUGGGAAGCAACAAGGCAGCCCUCCUCUAGACAUGAAUGUGGGUUUUCUGGGAAAAUUUACCUUUGAAAAUUUUCCGAUUCAAAUUAGGCUAAUUUUCCUAGGGUAAUUUGCACUAUGAAAUAUUUAGUCUGCUUUUUUUAAAAAAAAAAAAAGAUGCCCUAGCCUCGAGAGUGAUCUGCUUUAACAUGUUUAUACUCAAAUUAAGUGAACAGUGCUAAAACUUUGAAAUUGCCAAGCUUGACUAAUACUGUAUUGAAGUUGGCAUCCAUUUAUUUAACUAAGAAUACACUUAUACUGCCAGCAUAUAGGAGAGUAAAUAAGUUAAAGCUGCAAUCUUGUGCACACUUAUGGCACAUAAGUCUCACUGCAGUCAAUGGAGUUUCCUUCUGAUUAGACAAAAUAGAAUUGCAUUGCCUAUACCUCUUUAAAACAUGCAUUUCAUGUUCUGCUAAAUUUUCUUUCUAGAUAUUUCACAUAUUCUAAUAUCAAACCUUUCACACUACAGAUCUGUUACCACUAGUAUUAAUGAAAUACUAUAAAUUGCUUGCAUCAGAAAUGUGAAGUCAUUUAAGGUAACAGAAAAUGCUCUUCUGGGCUAAAGAAAUUAUUCCUACAGCAGAGCUUUAUGUUUCUGAAUUGAUGUCCCAGUCUUGUCCUUUCAUUUUUGUCCUUUGUUCUCAGGAUUAAUCUUGUGUCAUAACCAAAACACCAUUCAUCUGUCCAUGGAAUGGUUGCACUUUAGAAUUGUAUCAAAAGUAGUUAUGCCAAUUAGGUUACUUGGGGAAUAAUUCCCCCUUGCCUAGAAUUCCCACCUAGAAUUUAACAAGAUCGCGCACUCUUGUGUCUCCACCCUAAUUUUAUUAUUUUGGGUUAUGCAUUAUGCAUUGCAUGAUUUUAUAAACGAAACAUCAGACCUAUUUCUGCCAGCAAGGAGCUCACAUUCUAAAAUAAGACAGGUGGGUGGGAAGGGAGAGACAAAGGCAGGAAGAGCUGAACGUGAGCAAAUGGUGUUAUACAUACCUAACUUUAGUUACAGCUGAUUUGAAACCAAAGGUUUCAAAACAAGGUGUGUGUUGAGAAGUGAAGAGUGAAAGGUAGCACUGCAUGAAUAUUCAAGCAGAUACUUUUAGCACAGGAGGCAAUGAGGGAGGAUGGUUGAAGCCCUAUUAGCAAGCAAGAUACCUUUAGGCAGCUGAGGAUGGAAAUGGGGGAGUGGAAGUAAAAAUUAUUAUUAUUAUUAUUAUUAUUAUUAAACAGGUAUGUUAGAGGAAUAAAAACCAAAACUAGAGUGGGUAAGUUCAUGACAACCUUUAAAGGGAAGGGCAUGGAGUCCAUGCUGGAAGCCAAGCAACAGAAUUUGAGGAAGGGAUGUCUUGUGGAGUCAGUGUAGGAAAACGUUGUCAGGGGAGUUUCUGAUAGAUGUGAGAAGGCUGUGAUGGGAAGAUCAAGGUAGAAGGUUGCAGUAGUCGAGGUAGGAGAUUACUAGAGUAUGGACUGAGACUUUAGCCAAGGGCAGAGGAAUGGGAAAAUUCUGAAUUGAUGUACAGGGAGAAGCAACACGAAUUUGCAACAGAUUGCUCUUUGCAUUUAAAAUGUGUCUUGCAGCCUGGACUUGGGGCAGGGAAUCUGUCUCCUGCAAAGUGAGAGCUCCUCUCCCCCCCCACGCCUUGUGAGUUCUGUGUUAUGUGACUAAUUCAGGAGUUUCUUGUCUUACGCUUGUCCACAAAGCUGUUACCAGGAAGAGAAUCCUGGUUGCCAAUAGCAAUGGCAUUUGUGAAUUCCUGCCAAGAAGGUCCUCAGGGUUCUUUUAACCCAUGUGGCAAUGCAGCGCGUAGGAUCAGAAAAAAAGUGCUGCAGGGGCAAUGGCAGUGCUAUAUCUGUGAAUAAUAUUAAUCUUGCAUUUGUGGGCAGCUGUUCUUUCAAGGAGUUUAGAACAUAUGCCCAUUUUAUUCUCUUAAUCCUGAGAGAGAAGGUCCAUUGCCGCACAACCCAGAUCUCUGAUCAAAAGUCUGACAUUAUCUACUACACUAGGGGUGGUUAACCUGUGGCUCUCCAGAUGUUGUUGGGACUUGAAUGUCCUAUCACCCUUGAUCAUUGGCCAUGCUGGCUGCUGCUGGUUGGAGUAGGAGUUCAAGCACAGCUGGAGGACCACAGGUUCCUCACCCUGUACCCCACCCCACACCCCUGUUCCUCCAGCCGUCCACAACUGAGGUGCUAUGCUACGUUGAUGGACCAUGACCAUGAAUCUGCCAGAACAAAUGAGCAGCCAUUAUGUCUUCAUUGUGUGGAAAAUAAAUAAUUGUUGGGAGAGAGCCCUUGGCUUCUUGAUGAUUUAUCUGAAGUCUUGAUCUUCUGUUAAGAUUUUUUUUCUUAAUCGCUUUGUUUUUGUCACGACAGUAUGCAGACCUUCUUGGCAUUUAAAGCAGCCUUGAAAUAUUGGGUUUAUAAUUCCUCUUGAAUUAUAGAGUCUGUUUCACGACGAUUGUAUGUAAGGAGUCGAGCCAACACAUUAUUAUAGUUCUUUUGAGAAGCUCAUUGGUUGCCUGCCCUCUUCUUUAUUCGCGCCUCUCUAUAUUUGUCUCCAUUGAUUAUUCUCCUAUGAAAAAUUUAGUGAACAAUGUGGAGAGAAAACACUGUUUCCACAAAUCAGCCUGCUUUCAUGUAAAUAUCAACUUUGGCCUUUAAAUAUUUUAUUGGACAUAUAUUAUUUAUUAUAGCGGAUGUAGCUUUUAAGUUCCAUGGGCAGUGCCUGAAUUAAUUUGACAGUGGGUGUCUCAUACAUAACAUUUGUGAAACGGAAAAGGGGAUGUUGGGAAAUAGCGUAUCUUUUUAGAGAUGUCCAGCUUUGUGCAUGCCGUCGCCUGAUUUGACUAGCACAAUGUAAGGUGAUGUUUGCUGCAUAAUACUCACAAUCAAUAAAUGUCCAAAUGCGUUGGCAAAAUCACACAAGCAGUUGUGAUAGCAAGCUGGAUCUGGAAGCUGGUCUGUACCCUUAUUUGUCUGCUGCGGCUUGUUUCCAUGCUUUGUCACUGAAAGGGAAAGGGGGGGGGGACUGGAAGAGCUUGUACUUAACCUCCAGGGAUACUUGUGGACACCGUGCCCCAUAUGGUGCUUCUUGCCUUAUGGCAGCUGUUAGUAGGUCCUGUCCAUACAUUUGUUUUAGUAUUACUGCACUUCUCUAACAUUGACAGAUAGCCAGUUUGCCAUGAAAAAUGUGGUAAGGGGUGCUGCCUUUUACUUUCUGGUAUGCUUAGAUUAGUAUUGGAAUGAUUUUUUAGCCAAAACCUAAAAUUUAAGGCAGUAGCCUUGAUGGGUUUUCUUUUUCUGGUGGUGGUGGGAGGAAGCAGUCUCCUCUAUUUACUUGCUUGUAAAUAGCCCAUAGCCUUCACUGGAAAGUCUUAUUGACAAAAAUUAUGUUUCUCUCCCUACUCCAUCCCUCCAGCAUUCAUAUAUGAAGCUGUCUUAAACUGAGUCUGACCAUUGGUCCCCUGUAGCUCAGUACUUCCAACUUUGACUGGCAGCACAGAUCAGGCCUCCGUUGCUUAAAUCUGUUUAGGGAAGCUUUUAAUGUUUGAUGUAUUACAGUAUUUUAAUAUUUUUUUGGAAGCUGACCAGUGUGGCUGGGAAAGCCCAGCCAGAUGGGCGGAGUAUAAAUAAAUAAAUUAUUAUUAUUAUUAUUAUUAUUAUUAUUAUUAUUAUUAUUAUUAUUAUCUUUAAACUGGAAGUGCCAGGAUUAAAGCUGAGACUCUUGUGCACUGCAAAACAUGUGCUCUGCCACUGAGCUAUGCCUUCCCCCUUCUAAGAACAUAUUCCUUCCACCAUAUUGCACACAGAUGUGUGCAAGAAGGCCCCAUCAGCUGCUUCUGCUAGAAAAGCAUUAAGCAUACACAUGCACACACAUACACACACACAUACAUACACAUACAGUGCAUUUUCUGUUUCCAAAGAAAACUGAGACACUGAGCUUUCCUUACACCGAGAUGCAUGUAAUGCUUAGUUCUGCCAGCCUUGCAUUUAAGCACUCGCCUGGUGGGCACAGGUGAUAAGUAUUUGCAUGCAGCCAAGUGCAUGGUGGAGGGGGGAUGGCGUGCUCUGCCUGCCUUCUGUGCACACCAAAGAAACCUAGUGGGCUGCCAGGGAAAGUACCUGCCCCCACCCCCAUCAGAGGAAUGGAAUAGGCGACUAGAAAAAUGAUGGAAACCCCAGCAGGUUGUUAAUUUUCAGGGGACGGGAUUUUGUGGUUUUAUUUGCAAGGCUGAUUUCUGCCCCAAAACGUAAUAGGAAUGCAAAGGUAGUUUUUUGUGAUGGGCUCCUUUUAUUUUGUUGAUAAUAAAGUCGUUAAGCACUGCUGCAUUUUUCAGUUAUGACAGUGAUAUUCAUCUUGCAUGCCUGGUGCAGGUUCCUCACCCCUGCAAAAGGUCAGCUGUGGUCCUUUGGGGGACUGCUGUCUAGUUUUUAAUGUACCAUUUCCUACUUGCUAGUUGCUGAGAAUUUUGCAAAGGGUGCUGAAGUAGGUUGAACUGUGAGCUGAUCCAGCAAAGUAAUUCUUUUGUUCUCACCCAAGAAUGCCAAUGCAGGAUCACUUAGCACAGGUUAUUUAUGCCUUUCCUAUUACCAAAUGAGUUCUUGAGUGUGCACAUUUUCUUUGUAACUUACCUCACAGUAGGGGACCACGCAGUUCCAGAAACCUGUGCUUGUGUAGCACAUUUUACUUAUUGUUAAGGGUUGUUGCUUCUGGGUUGCGAAGGAAUGUUUGUUUUAUUUCUACUGUAGGCUUUUUCUUCUGUGCUCACCAUUAAAGCUUGUGAUAAUGCUGUUUUAGAAAAUAGAGAAACUCAUUGGCUUUUUAGGUCAUUAAAAUGAAAUCAGGAGAUAAAAAGCUCCUUUAUGUGGCCAUGAUUGAGUGCUGAAUGUGUCCUGGGUAUAUAUCAAGAUGUUCAAUACCAUUUUUGUGUUAGUGCCGCAUUCAUGGUACGCACACAUAUAUAUUCAGGGUAAUUCUUAAACUUUGGAAGGCUUCCAAGCUGUUUUAUUUCUCCUGAAUAAAUUACUGCAGCGUAUAUUACAAAAACUCAUUAGCUGUUGUAAUGGUCAAGACAAAAACCCUUCAGAAUUGCCAGUGGGUCAGUUUAACCCUUGUCUUAUCACAGUCCUGGCAAAACAAUACUUAACAACUAGAGUUGGGUUUGUUCCUUGGUUGUGUUCUCCCUCUACCCUUGCUAUAUAGUUGGGCAAAGCACAGAUAGUUAGGCAAAGCAGGAAUGGGGAACCUCUGGCCUUGCAGAUGUUGAUGGACUCCAGUUCCCAUCAACCCCAGCCAACAUGGCCAAUGGUAUUAUGAUUGGAGCUGUCAUCCAACAGUAUGUGGAGGGCCACUGGUUUCCCAUGCAAAUUUGGAAGUGGUGGUGCUACAAAAUUUUGCCAUUCAUAACAGACUGCCAUUCCUUAUCUUUAAAAACCCCAAAUGGUUUGGGACCAAGGUGCUCAAAGGAUUAGCUCCUUCUGUGCGAUCCUCCCCAACCAAUAAGGCCUUUUUGUCUUGAGGUGCAGUUGACCAUGAUGAGUCAAAAGGGAGGAGUCUCCAUGGCAGUUCCCAGGUUGUAGAACAGUUGCCCCUUGAGCGAUUUCAGUAGAGCAUGAGACUCUUAAUCUCAGGGUUGUGGAUUCAAGCCCUGCUUUGGGUGAAAGAUUCCUGCAUUGCAAGGGGUUGGACUAGAUGAUCCUCGUGGUCCCUUCCAACUCUACAGUUCUAUGAUUUGUUUGGUGACUUCACUUAAUGUCCUAUGAAAAACAUUUUUAUGCUAGCAGGCAUUAUUCUUAACUUUUGGUAACUUCCAGCUGCCUGCUAUCAGAAAUCUUUUUUACCUCCCCCCCCCCCGUUCAUUUGUUAAUAUUUUAAUUAACAUUCAUUCUUAAUUCGUUAUUGAUUGGCCUCUAUAAUUAAUGAAUGUUAGCUGCCUUGUGUGCUUUUGCUAAAAUGGAAAGGCUGGAUAAAAGAUCUUUCCAUAAAUAAAUAAAGCAUUUGCCUUGGAGAUAAAGGACAAUUGAAAAUUAUUCUCUCCUGUAUAUAGUAUUAAAACAGUUUAUGAGACACACAGGUUUUUAUUAUUAUUAUUAUUCUACAGAAUUUUAAUAACAAUCAGCUAAACCUCUUACGUGGUUUAUGUAAAGCAUUCAUUUAAAAAUAUAUAUUCUUCUACCUUCUACCCUCUUUGACAAAAAAGAAAUUACUUUUAAAAGGACACCAUUUACUCUUUUUUUAUUUACAUCAUACUGCUAGUAUUGUAUACUUUGCAUAUGCCUUCUGCUGGGGAGUGGAGGGGAAAUCAUUUUCUGUUUGCUUUGCAAUAGAAGUUUACUCCAGCUGCUUCAGACAAAGGAUUGGUUGAGUCUGUGAUGCAUGGAGAUUCAGGUGUCCAGUACUACUUCAGAGAGAGGGAACCUGUGGCCCUGCAAAUGAGGAUGGAUUCCCCUCAGCCCCAGGGAUGAUGAGAGUUGUAAGUCCAGCAACAUCUGGAGGGCCUCAGGUUAGCCACCUCUGCCCUGCAAGCUACACAGGGACUGUGCUGAUUCCUAGCAUUCCAUAUGGCAGACUUCUGGUCCUAAUUAGCAUAAUUAGCAGGAGAAGCAAAACAGCCCCAAACAGAGAUAACUACACUGGACAAUAUUGUACUGGUCUGCAGAUGUAACAUUUGAACUUGCAUUUCUAACGACAUAACGAAAGCAUUUUUCGAGUGGGAUCAAACUGCCACCAAACUGGUGAUAGCUUCACCGGUAAGCCCUCUCGGUAGGGACUUUGUGACACAUUUGUAUAACACCUAGCUUACAUUCUGCUCAAUAAGCACUGAACAGUAGCAGUAAUUAAGUGAAUAUGUACCAGCUGUCUCCCAUUGUUUGUUUUUUUCACUAAUUGUGAUGAGGCUUGACUCCCUCCCCCCCCCCCCCCGGUAGAAUAAGAAUAUGAGAAUGCCUGCUCUAAAUGCUGAAUUAAAUAAUUUGAUGCAAGGGUAUGCUAAAUAUAGCCUUUGGGGUGUAUUUGACUGAAGAAAGCUCUCAAGAUUUUUCCGAUGUGUGGUGGCUUGUGACCUGCAUUUUUCAUGGGGAGGAACAAGUUUUGACAAACCUGUCUUCUCCUCUUGAUUUAAAAUAGCUUGUGUGCAUUAUAAAGUUCAAAUCCAAGAUUUGCAAAUCACAUUCAAAUGAAUGUAUGACCGGUUCAGAACUUUCUUCUCCUGAAAUGUAUAUUGUAACGAUGUCAUACAAAAAGGCUGUGUAUCAAAGUAAAGCACACUUAUAUGCAAUUGGCAAUUUAACAAACAAAAGCAACCUUAACACAUUGCCCUUCUACCAAUUUAUAGAUAAUUUUACCUUAGUCCUGUGACUUGUCAAGUAAACUCGUUUGUUCUAUUGAGAGACAGAGGAUCAUAGAGUUGGAAGGGGCCCAGGGGGGUCGUCUAAUUCAACCCCCUCCAAAGCAGGAAUCUCAAUUAAAGCAUCCAUGACAGAUUUAAGCAUCUAGCACUGCUUAAAGACCUCCAAGGGAGGAGAAUCCACAUCAUAAAGUAACCACAUCAGCUUGUACGCUACAAAAUCUCAUAAUUAAUAAACAUCAGUAUAUUUGUUAAAUAUAGUAACUAUAUCAGCUGGGCCUUCUACCACUCCUCUAUCCCACAGUUACUUACCAGGGUUAUUGGCAAGUUAAAGGUAGAAAGGAUAUAAGUGAUAUUAAAUGGUGGGAAUGUGGUUUCAGGAAAACCACUGGCGUGGAAGCACCCCCCCAAAAAAAAAACCCCCACACAUGUUGUGUGUUGACUCCGUAUAAAUUCCCUUCUUGUUGGCCCUACAAUAACACUAUGCAUGCUGGGUUUACAGGGCCUGAUUAUCUUCAGAAUAACUGAUUUCUUCUUUAUAGGUCAGUGCACCUUUUGUAUCCCUAAUAAGGCUGAUCAGGAAAUAGCAUGUUCUACAAAAGCAAAAGUGAGACAUGGAAAAUGAUGGUUGUUCAGUCAGCUAAGACCAAACAAAUCACCCAGUGUGGGGGCUCACAGCUGCUUCGCUUGUGAGAUGGAAAUGCAUGUUAGAGGCAGCCUUCGGGAAAUAAAUCGUAAGCGUAUGUCUGGCAUUUUCAAAAUAGGGGAGAUUUUUAAAAGGAAGAAAAGAUCACCACACUGAUUUUAUGUCAAACCUUGCAUGCAGAGAAGGAGGAGGUAAGAUAAAAAGCCAAAUCAAACAUUACAUACAUUCUAGGGACAAGCAGUUUCAGGUAUAGAGGUUUGGAGUGGAGAAGGGGUGAGAGGAGAUGGAAAGCGGCAAAUGGAGAAAGACUGAUGCACCCCUCUUCACCUCUCUGCCCUCUAUUUAUCCCCCCCAAAUUGCCCUUCCAGAAGCCAUUUUUCUGUAGAAGAAGAAGCUGUUGGGUUAAUAAAUGCACUUGUGUGUAAUGUAUAACGUGGCACAAAAUAUAUCCAGUAAAAAUUAACAGGAAAAUCAUCCAUUGUUGGUGUUGCUGCUUCAGUGUUCAUCACUUUGCUAGCAGUGAUUAUAAUGAAUGCUUGUUAGACAGCACUGCAUAUACGGUUUACUUGAUGAGUUAACAUCCAAGGAAAAGGUACAGAGUGAGCCGUUUUACUCUGUUUCUAAUUGAGUCACUCUGUCGAAGGAUUAUUGGCAGGCUGUAAACAAACAAACAAGCAAACAAAACAACUUUUAAACUGCUUUUAAAAUUGCUUUACUCCAUUGUUCUUCCCCCCACCCCCUUCCCUUUUCUGCUUUCGUAAACAUGCACUUUGGUGAUUAAAGCAGGUCUCGGAAGCAGAGACGGCACGCUCACAACAAAUGUUUUCACUCCUACACAACUGGUUUAUUCAACCAGUCAUGAAGAAAAAGAAAACUCACUAAUACCAUCCCCUCUUGGAAUAUAUUGGUACAAAAACUGUUUUCACUUCUCAGUAAGAUAGUGUUUUAGAUCUUGAACAAACAAACCAUAAAUUUCCAAAGACACAAGUGAAAAAUGGGUCUAGGACAGGGAAACAGCUUUAAAAAAUAAAUAAAGACCGGGCUCAGGGCUGCUAACACUGAAUAUAAAUACAGUAAAAACAAAAAACAAAACAAAAACAGUUGAUUAAAAUAUAAGUUAAAAUACAGUUUAAAAUGCACCGAAACCAGAGCAGCACACGGAAACGCCGUUUACCUUCCCGCCAGAGCGGUACCUAUUUAUCUACUUUCACUGGUGUGCUUUCAAACUGUUAGGUUGGCAGGAGCUGGGAUCGAGCAAUGGGAGCUCAUCCCGUGGUGGGGAUUUGAACUGCCAAACUUCCGAUUGGCAAGCCCUAGGCUCAGUGGUUUAGACCACAGCGCCACCCAUGUCCCUAAUAUAAGCUACCUUAUAUAGCAAUAAAAACUAUUAGAUCCAGAGACUAUCAAACAAUCACAGAUUCUAGUAUCUGGGAGAUGCCAUUCCGUAUCUCACAGGAUAAUCCACAGAAUGAUAUUGCACUCCUCUUUUUUGCCCUCUUAUUACUAAAGCAUGGUAGUUGCUUUAGUUUUCAAGUUAUGAAUAUAUAGUGGUACCUCGGGUUAAGUACUUAAUUCGUUCCGGAGGUCCGUUCUUAACCUGAAACUGUUCUUAACCUGAAGCACCACUUUAGUUAAUGGGGCCUCCUGCUGCCGCCACACCGCCAGAGCCCGAUUUCUGUUCUCAUCCUGAAGCAAAGUUCUUAACCUGAGGUACUAUUUCUGGGUUAGCAGAGUCUGUAACCUGAAGCGUAUGUAACCCGAGGUACCACUGUAUGUGCAAAACCAGUGCAUGACUUAUUGGAGGUAUGUGGUGAAAUGCAAGUUUAUUUGUAGGAAUAAAGUCCACAACCCAGUAAUGUAUGAACUGUGCUUUCUUCUCGGUUUGAUCCUGACCUGUUUUAAGCAGAUGUGUGCAAUUAUUCCAAAUCAAGUUACCAUUGCGUGAACUACAUUAGUGUAUUUCCUCAAGAAUUCAGAUUUAAAGUCUCCAGCUCUUUUAUCUUAGUUGGACCAUUUUCUUCUGGAGUGAAAAAAAGCUUUCUUUUGAACUAGGAAAGCCCAUCCCUAGCAAGCUUUCAAAGCAUAUAUAACGUUGAGGAUUGUCUUUCUCCUUUUGUCUUAUUUAGGAUCUAUGUUUACACUGAAAGUGCAAGUCAACGACAUCAUCAGCCAUCAAUAUUUAAGCCAAGCGAUUGUGGAAGUAUUUGUCAAUUACACAAAAACAAAUUCCACGCUGACUGGAAAUAAUGGAGCAGUAUUGAUACAAGUUCCCUAUCAACUAGGUCUAAGUUUAACUAUUGCAUCUUAUAAAGAUGGUUAUAUGUUAACACCUUUGCCUUGGAAGACUGGAAGAAUGCCAAGUGAGUAAGCCCCUUUUAAGAUCCUAUUAAGCUGAAUGCACUUGAACUUUCUUCCUGCUUUUUGGUAAUCCAUCUAAUUUUCAUCAAAUGAAUGUGACUUAAUGAAGUCACACGAAAGUAUGUUGUGCUGAAUGCAACUGCAAAGGUAAAUGCCGCCGUCUUGAAAGAGAUAUAAUAUAUAUAUAUCAAAUGCUUCCAUGAAAAUACUGUAAUUAAUGCAUGUCUGCCCCAAAUAUUGAAUACAAUACUGAAUUAUUUUGAAGGAGGUUGAACAGUUUGUGAAACUGGAGCAUAUUGUCUCAAACGAUAAUCAUGUGUUUUCCUGAUGAGUUGGGAAUGGCAUAAUUCUUACCCUGUGCUAUAGGUCAUAGAAUUAUAGAGUUGGACCCUAAAUGUCAUCUAGUCCAACCCCAUGCAAUGCAGAAAUCUCAACUAAAGCAUCCUUUUUUAAUGCCUCUUCUGUUUUGUUAUAUUAUUUUCCCUCCAAAAUACCAAAGCAGAAAGGCUAAAACAAAUUCCCAACAUAAACUAAUGCAUAAAAAUAACAGCUUGUGCGUAGGCAUAUAGUUUUGAAACUGAUGACUUUAAACUAAUCAGAUUGCCUCAUUAUAUUCUUAGUGGAGAAACUCUGCUUAGUUUAAACUCUAGUUUUGUUUAAAGUAAGGGUCAUAAACCCAGUUUGCACAUAGUAAGAAACUCUUGCAAAUUUACAGCAGGAAACAAAGGCUUUUGAUUUCCUGGUUUCCAUGUGAAAUACCAGUCGUCUUUUGUAUCCAUCCCUGUGGUGUCCUAAAUUUUACCACUCUGCAGAACUGUAAGUCUUUUUUCUAGCUUUCUUUUCCAGUACAUAAACCUUUGUAGUAAUGUAUUCCUAUUAUUUUGUCUUCCCACAGUAUAUUCAUCAGUCACACUCUCACUGUUCCCCCAAAGCCAGGCAAAUAUAUGGUUGUUUGAUGAUACAAUUUUGAUUACUGGGAAACUAUCUGGUAAGUAACAGCAGUACUAAAGAUUUAUCUAAGUUUUUAUGGAAAGGUAAAAAAACAUGUUAAACUGAAAGUACAGCAAGUUGCAGGGACGCGGGUGGCGCUGUGGUUAAACCACAGAGCCUAGGACUUGCCGAUCAGAAGGUCGGCAGUUCGAAUCCCCGCGAUGGGGUGAGCUCCCAUUGUUCGGUCCCUGCUCCUGCCAACCUAGCAGUUAAAAAGUACGUCAAAGUGCAAGUAGAUAAAUAGGUACCGCUCCGGUGGGAUGAUAAACGGCGUUUCCAUGCGCUGCUCUGCUUCUCCAGAAGCGGCUUAGUCAUGCUGGCCACAUGACCCGGAAGCUGUAUACUGGCUCCCUCAGCUAAUAAAGCGAGAUGAGCGCCGCAAUCCCAGAGUUGGCCACAACUGGACCUAAUGAUCAGGGGUCCCUUUACCUUUACCCUUACAGCAAGAUGCAAAGGAAAGGGGAGGAUUGGGACUGUCUGACUUGAAACUGUACUUUGCAGCCAGUUGCCUAGUUUGGAUGAACAAGUGGGUGACCUUGAGAAAUAAAAUAAAUUUGGAAUUAGAAGGUCACAAUUUAAGGUUUGGAUGGCAUGGGUAUCUGUGGUAUGACAAGGUUAUAGUUAGGGAGUUUAAAAAUCAUUUGUUAGACAUACUGUAUUGAGAGUCUGGAAUAGAUAGAAGCCUAGGUUCUAUACGAAGAUACUCUUAUGGGUCUCAACACCCAAAUGUAGCAUAUUGCCUGAAUGCUCAUAUAAGAUGCACAUUGAUAAGAGGUGCAAGUGGUUCAUGCUUGAACAUUAAUUUUUGAAUGCCAGUUAAAAGUUUUGCCAAUCAAAAGUGUUAACUCUUUGAAAGAAGCGCUGUGAAAUUGCUGGCUUUGAAUUUUUCCUCUUUUUCAGAUGCCAAAUCUCAACCAAGUGUUCAGUUUCCAAAAUAUUUAAUAAAACUUCCUAUGAACCACCAUAUCACAAAUGUUACAGCUUACCUUACAGUGCCACAGCAGUUUCUGAAAGUGGACCAUUUUCUUUAUACAACUGGAAUUCUUUUAAAUAAGUCAGGUAUGUCAGAUUUUCCACUAGCUUUUGAAGAUAUACAGCAAGGAUCUCAAGACUCCCUUUAAAACAUUAGCGGCAUAGGUUUUAGACCCACAGGUUAGGACUUGAAAUGUAAUACUGUAGCUGAAUAACAAUUUAUCCACCUUGGAAGUGUAAAGAGUCUCUGAUUUUUCUCAAAACACCUUGUUAAUUGUGUGAUCCAACUCGCGAGAACGUUCCCUGAAUCACCUUUGAUUCAUCUUGUAAUUUGGGGUAUGCUCAGAGCCAGCACGCACCCCUACAUUUGUUGCUGGCAUAGAUUUUGUCAUCCCCAGCUUGUUGCAAGAGAGGAGGGAAGUUAUUUGUCUGCACCUUCUUUGAUUGGCCAAUAACUAUAGAAAUUUUAAAAUCUCCAUUUAUAUUGGCAACAGUGCCAUUGUACAAAUUCUUACCAACUCAAGAUCCCCACAUCAUUUACAGAAAGAAAAAUGUCAGUGUAGAAUACUGUAUUCUAAACAACAACAACAAUAAACUUUUAUUUAUAUCCCGCCCUCCCCAGCCGAAGUUAGGGUCAGGGCGGCUAACAUCAAAUAUAUAACAUUAGUCUAAAAUCAAACAAUAAUUAAAUUACCUCCUAAAAACAGGUCAAAAUCAAAUUAAAGUCUAAUUAGAUGGCUUUCCGCAGGGUUAGGGUUGGGAACACUAAAUGCUCAUCAGCCCAACUGUUUACGCUGAUCUUAUAUGGCCUGUGAGAAUGCUGGGAGACCUCUUUCAUAUUAGUUCUUAUACAAAAAGAAAAGGGGAGUCAGGCUGAGCCCUGACCAAAGGCCUGACAGAACAGCUACAUCUUGCAGGCCCUGCGGAAAGAUGUCAGAUCCCGCAGGGCCCUGAUCUCUUGUGGCAGAGCGUUCCACCAGGCCGGGGUCAAAGCUGAAAAGGCCCUGGCCGAGGCCAGCCCGGGAUCUCCAAGGUGUUAUUAUUUGUAGACCGUAAGGUCCUCCAUAGGCUGUACCAGGAGAGGCGGUCCCGUAGGUACGAGGGUCCUAGUUUUAUUCCUUGUACACUGGAGUGCUGUCACCAAAAUUUCAAUGUAUUCUCCCUUCUUUUAUUUUGAAUUAAGUCUCUGUGCCAGUGUGUGGCUUGUAUUCCGUCAGCCCGAGCUCUUUUCUUGCACAACAGAACCUUCAAGGCAUCCCCUAAAUCUGCUCUGGAUGUUGCUUCCAACCCUUCAGAGCAGAUAUGGAGAUACCUCUGGGGGCAUGCCCCCCCUGUGGGGGGUUGGAAUUCCCCUUGCACUAGUGGGAAUCCUUCUCUUAGCCCAAUGUACCCCCUCCCAAAAAAAUGAUUUCAUUUUUGAGCUAUAUAAUGAAUGAUAAUCAUUGAUGUUUAAAAUAAACAAACAAUAAAUGGCUGCCUAGUUUUUUUCAUUUCUGCCACUGAUCACUACUCUUUCAAAGGGUAUUUGAACACACCGAGACACACAGGGAUUAAUAAUGUAUGCCUACACCUUUUGCAGCUGACGAAUCAGCAAAUAAAGCAGCUUUCAUUUUUUCCCCUUGAUCCUCCUGAAAUCUCUCUGAUGUGUUUCUUUUUAAAUUAUUUAUGUGGUCCUGCAAAAAAAACCCAGCUUUUAUCCUAGGGGCAGGUGGAAGUUAAUUGAUACAUGAUAUUUGACAGUUUUCUUGCGACCCACAUCUAACAGUGUGCACAUUUUGAGAAGGAUUCGGAUACUUAAUUCUGUUCUUGAGCCUUUCUUUCUCCCUCUGCAAGCUGUGCCAAGAUGAGUCAUUUGUGCACAGGUCUGUUAAGCUUGUAGAAAUGGAGAGUGACAAAUGUGACAAUGUGUAAUAUUACACCAUGCAUCUGGAAGGUUUUCACAACAUUUUGACUGGGCAUAGAAAUUAGAAUUCUUAUGGUUAAAUGCAGAAGUAUUGGACAUAUAUAUAGAUAUAUUAAGCUAAUGAAUAUUUUAGUUGAUACAGUUAAUAUUUUAAGAUGUCUUAAGUAUUCAGAUGCUGCAGGGAAACAUGCAUAUUAAUUAAUUGCUGUUUUUCUUUCUUUCUUUUACAUGAUAGUGUUCUGAUUCAAUUUCCCCCUGCAUGUUUAUAAGUAGAUCCCAUGUUUAUAAACUGAAUGUCAGAAAGCUUAGAUUAGAAAAAGGGUUGGUUAAUGCUCAGCCUCUCAGAUUAGUGUGUGUUUGUUCUGAGCUAACGGAGUUACAUUGAUUCAUCCAUUCCACAGUUGCUGUUGUUUGCCAAAGUGGAAAAGCACUUUACUAUCCACACAUCUUCGAAAUUCAUUUUGAACUGAUCUUUUGUAGGUCCCUGAGUAUCAUGCUUAGUGGAUUUACUUCUGAAUUUUGUUUGCCCUGCUACCGAUUGUACACUUACCCUACUCUAUGUGCUCAGAUACAUAAACCAUAGUACAGAUACCAUACUGCAUUUUGUAGAGGGAUGGUGACAAUUCUGCCACCUGCAAAAUAGAUUUUUCGCCUUAGAUCUUUGUUUGCAAUCCUGAAGUGCAGCUGUUCAUCAAAAUUGUAGGAAACAUUUGGCCCUCCAGAUGUUGCGGAACUUCAACUCCCAUCAUGCCUGGCCACUGGCUAUAUUUACUGUACUGAUGGGAGUGUAGUUCAGCAACAUGAGCUAGAUCAGGCUUCCUCAAACUCGGCUCUCCAGGUGUUUUGAGACUACAAUUCCCAUCAUCCCUUACUACUGGUCCUGCUAGCUAGGGAUCAUGGGAGUUGUAUGCCACAAACAUCUGGAGGGCCAAGUUUGAGGAAGCCUGAGCUAGAUGAACCAAUAAUCUGGCAGUUUCUUAAUAAGUGCUGCUCCAUACUAUUUAAGUGCUGUCAUACUAUUAAAUAAUUAAGAUUAAAUAUAGAAGCUUAUUUUGAUGCCUUUUAUCACCAUCUAGUGGUUUAUUUCUGUACUGCCUCCACUACUAAUGGCUAUUGAAAUUGAGCGUGUGUAGAGACAUAUUUUCCUAAUUAUUUUUUUAUUACUGUGGUGGUGAUGGGUCUAGGUCCAUUAUGUAUCAGUUGCCAGAUAAUCAAAAAGUAUAAUGGAGACGAGGGAAAUGUUUGCUUCCACAAACUAGUCUGGCUGCUGGGUGGAAUACUGAUUUGCUCCUUUUGGAAAGAUUUUGAGAUUUUGGAGAUGCUGACUAGAAUGUUCACUGAAAUAUUCUUCCCGAUAAAUUAUUGUGAAAUGAUAUUUUUUAGAGGACCAAUAUAUGUUAAUUUGGAAAUGCAUUCAUAUCCAUCUUUCUCCAUUUUAAUAAUAAAAAGCAGACAGUUUAAACAGCUGUACAUAUAUGUAGAAUAAGCCUUUGGUUUGCAUAUUGGAAAUUCUAAAAAUGUUAUGACUAUAUAACUUUUGUGGUUCCAGAUGACUAAUUUGGAACACCCACCCACACACUGAAAAUGAAAUAAAAUCAUCUCCUUGUUUAUAUGUUUAGGUUUCAAAAGUAUUGAAUUAACUCCCCUUGCUGCAAUAUGUGUAAACCUGUUUUCGGCUGGGAAAGAACUGAACGUAGAUGGUCCCAUUCAGAUAACAUUGCCUCUCCUACCUACUAGUGCUGUCAAAGCAGGAGAUCCUAUCCCAGCAUGGACCUUUGACAUGAAAACUGGUGAGUGUGUUCUCUGUUCUGCAUUAGCACAGGGCUGAAGCUGUGUAGCUUUAGGAUUUUCACUUAGUCUAAGACAAAGAGCACCACAUGGUCAUUGGGCCUUGCCAGAAGCUAACAAGUAGGCUGCCAUAACACCCCCUUCAACCUCAGGUGGGUGUCCUUUCCAGGGAUCCAAAUCCUUAAAAGCGGGAAGCAGAGUUAACAAUUAGCUUACCUACCCCACCUGGAGACUAAAGUAGCUUGACUUUCUCCGUCAGGUCCCACUCAUACAUAGCAGGAACCUAAUGACUAGGCACAUGAGAGCUUGGAUUAAUCCUGACAGUUUUUUGUUUUGUUUUUUUAAUUAAGUAUGUCUUUAAGAGUACCUGGAAAAUCCAAAUUGGCAUAACUCAUAGUACAUGCUGUUUCUCCACUCUGACAUCUUGUUCGUUUACAUGGAGAUCUUUGAUGUGUACUUGGAACUUUUGAACAGGAAAGGUCUUAGCUGUUUUAGUGUUUGAAGACAGCUCCCCAUGAAUGAUAGGAGCUGGAGUCCGGCAAUACAAGAGGGCCACAGAUUCCCCAUUCAUGCAGCUGGAAACAUCACGGGCACAUCUGACCUCUAGAGUUUUAGACAGGGCUUAUUGUGCUUUGAUUUAAAGGCAUCUUGCCCUUCUAAAAGAAAGCCUUUCUUUCUCCCAGGUGCCUGGGUGAAUCGCGGGUUGGGCAUGGUGAAGGAUGCACAGGAUCAUCUUGUAUGGACAUACAGUGCUCCAAGUCUUGGUUACUGGAUAGCAGCUCCACUGCCUGGAACCAGAGGUAUCCCAUGGAAAUGUGAAAUCAUUGAAUUGAACUUAGCUGUUGUAGUUUGCAGGAGAAUAAUUAUGUGCAAGUUGGCGGUCAGAACAUGGAAUAGGGAAGAAUGCCCCCCUCCCACUUUAAUAGGAAUCAUAGGCUUUGUUCCCUGGUCUAGUGGAAAUAUAAGUACGAUUCACAGGUUACUUGGUUGUAGGGCAUCUCUCUGUAGUAAUGAUCAACUUUUUAGCCCUGCCCUCAAACCUUGCACCUUUGUCAUCCAGUAACUGUGUGGUUGUGUGAGAAGAAAGGCCAGCAUGCAAGCUCCUCCCUGCAAAUGGGCCUCAUGCAAUAAAGUGCCUUAACCACACUGCAUCCCCUACUUGGGAGCAUGAGCUUGCCCACUGGGGUUUUCUUCUCACACAACCAUGUGUACCGUGAUUACUGAAAGAGAUAGAUUUAGAGGCAAGGCUAAAACAAGGCCUCAUACUGAAGCCAUACACACAAACUGUCGGAGCCUCUGCUACGACUGAGCUACUCCUCCGGUCUAGUCCUUUGGAAUCGCCACCAAUGAUGAUUAACGACCUGAGCCUCUGAUAAGGCUCCAGGCAUGUUCCCUCAUUACGCAAAGUAUCCAGCAGCAGGGAAGGAGCCGAGAAAUAUGAGCUACAUUGCAAAGUUUUAUUUCUAACUAUGCAGACAGAAAAGAAAUAAACAUGCUCUCUCUGUGAGAGCAGAGAGACAACUGAAAAACAAAGGAACAGGAAACAGUAACAUCACAUCCAUCUCCUGUCUUCCAUGAGACUUCCAACAGCCUGGAAUCUCUGGAAUGCAAAACAGAGUCUUGUGACUCCCAAGCACUGCACAGUGGCAACACAAAGAAACCAACACGAACAAUAUGCAAACAGGGCUAUAUUAUUUAAGGCAUGAAAAAUACUCAUAAGAAAAAAGGCAUCCCAGCCCAGCAUUUCAGGUGUCUUGACUGAGGCAGGAUUCCCAUCAAUAUUGUUUGAAUGUGUGUGUAUAUAUGUAUAUAUAGGCACUGCUUAAUGCCAAAACAUGGAUCUAAACUGUGGACAUCAUCUCUGUCCAUGUGAGCCACCCCUGUGUUCAUGAGGACUGGAAAAAUCAGCAGCACAUCCAGUGACACAAUGUUAAGGAAAAACAGAGUAAACAAAUGAUGGGAAGACACCAUAUAUUGUUGGAUCCAGUUUUGCCACACAAGAAAUCACCUUCUUUUUCUCUCCCUUUUUAAUGGUUAUAAAUUUAGACUCCAUCAUUGCCUCGGUCACUAAGGAUAUAACUGCAUACCACACAGUGUUCCUUACAGCCAUAUUGGGAGGCACCAUCGUCAUUAUCAUUGGGUUCUUUGCAGUUCUCCUUUGCUACUGCAGGUAAGUAACAAGAUUAUAGUGAUGUGCAGUUAUGACACAGUGUAUUCAUGUGUUUCAUCCUUUGUCGAUUGGAGUCUUGGAAUGAUGGUUCAGUCUUGUUUUGAAAAGAUAUUUGAGGUAUGGCCUCUGCAGUCCUCUGUUCAGCCACUCUGAGAACAGCCUGCUGGACUAGAUAGGACAUUGGCCUGAUCCAGCUAUUUUUAUGUUCUUAUGUUCAUGCAGUCAUAUGUGUAGAAGAUUCUAGCUCUAGGACUCUGUACUACUCUUCCCUGUUUUCUAAGCAACAUUUAUAAAUAGAAUAAAGGUAUGCAGAUAACCUAUAAGGGUGUGUAAUUCUUGUGUCAUUUGACACAAAAUGGAUGUGUUACAUAUCUAGGCUACUCUCCUGAACAGGUAGCUUAAAUCCCAUUGAUGUCAGUCAGGAUUUCAGUUGGUGGGCAAGGUAGAGCUUUAACAUUAUUGGUUCCCCACUUUUUUUCUUAGGGAUACAUGUGGUCAGUCAAAAAAGAGGAGGAGAAAUAUGACAAAGCGGGACAUCUCCAAAAAGGACCAGACAACAUCAACAACUCACAUAAAUCACCUUGGCAUUUCCAAGGGAUCACUGAAGCCAGAUGACAAGUCUCAGUUGUAUUCAGCCACAUUAUCCUCUUAUAGUCCCCAGAGAGGGGCUUCAGCUGAAGGGGAGGAGAGGAAAGGCUGUGACAGUUUCAAAAUCUACACAGAAGGUAUUUCAUACCAGUUCUCCAGCAAAAAUUCUCACUGUAGCUCACCCCAGUCCUUGGAACCUAGCAUAGGAGUGAGGCAUUUACAGCCAGCAAAACAUAUUGGUGGCAGCAUUUCUCCUGCUAGAGACUUGCAAGAACGGAACCACUACCUCUCGAUGAAUGAGGAAAUAUAUGGUCUCACGCCCCUCCCAGAGCAACUGGUGCAUCUUUAUAGCCAACCUAUUGCCAUCCUUCAAACAUCUGACCUUUUCCAUUCUCCAGAGCAGCUGCAUGCUGCCAAGUCUGCCACUUUGCCAAGGAAAGGGCAAUUAGUCUAUAGCCCAAUGAUGGAGCCAAUGAGUCGGGAAAGUUAUACCCAGACAUUACCCAAGAUGCCCAUGCACUCUCACCUCCAGGUGCCAACCUCCAGAGAUGAAUCAGCUGCAUUAGAUAGCCAACAAGGCUUAUCCCCUCAAGCUGCAAAUUGGGGGCGCUACACCAAUAGCUUGCUGGAGUCAGUUUCUGUUCCAGGGACGCUAAAUGAAGCCGUGGUCAUGACACCAUUUUCAUCUGAACUUCAAGGCAUUUCAGAGCAAACCUUGCUGGAGCUUUCAAAAGGAAAACAAUCUCCGCAUCCACGGGCAUGGUUUGUUUCAUUGGAUGGCAAGCCAAUAGCUCAGGUGAGGCAUUCAUUCAUAGACCUCAAGAAGGGCAGGAAGACUGAGAGUAACGAUACUAGCUUGGACUCUGGGGUGGACAUGAACGAGCAUAAUCCCAGUCGGAAACUGGAGAGGGAGAAAACCUUCAUCAAAAGCAUGCAACAUUCUAAGGUCCUUUACCUGGAAGACUUGGAUCUCAGUAGUAGUGAAAGUGGAACCACAGUUUGUACCCCCGAAGAUCAGACUGUGAAGCACAUGCCAGAUGGGGGGACUGAACCAGUCAUAGAACAGCACACACAAGAGGUGCCUAAGAAGAAAGAAACGGAAGACCAUGAGGCUAGCCCUCCUCCAGCUAAGAAACGGGGAAGGCCACCUCUAACUAAAAGAGACAGCAAGACCAAUAUCUGGAAGAAGAGAGAAGAGAGGCCACUUAUUCCAAUAAAUUAAAAUUAGUUAUGUCUGCAUUUUGGUCUGUCUGGUGUCCCCUUGGCUCUUUGCGUCUUAUUUGUAAACUUAAAUGUUCAGUUUAUAAGAGACAGCCAGAAUCUGGUAACAUUCCAUUUCUCAAUUCGUAGAGAAGGUUACACCUUCCUAAGAGUGCAAACCAGCUCUUCUUGCUUUUCAGCAAUUACUUGAACAAAGCUUCUGGUUUUUAAAAUGUGCUGGGAUACAUCUGUUGGGGUGCGCACACAUACUGCAGAAGAAGCCCAAAUGCAACCUUCAUUGUGUGCUCUGGAAUCGGACAUUUGACAAGGAAGAAGCACUGCUGGGUUGCAUCGUCAUAGGGAAGAGGCACACAGUGAGUGAACAACAAGAUUUUAUUUUUAACAAAUCAGUGUCUGAUAUGGUUAUUUUACCAUACAAUGUUUGAUGUAGAUGUCCUGCAAGGCAGUGAGAUAAAAGCUGCCGUUUUUCAUCUAAAAUGCAAGAUCAGAACCUUUUUUGAUACCUUGUAUAACAUUCCACCGCAUUGUUCUCUGUAUAUACUUGGGGCAAAAAUAAUAAUUCAGGGACUUGUUAUCCAUAUGGUAUUUCAAGUAUGCGGACUUCUGCUUUUCAUGUGCUGCUCCAGUAUGUAUUGAGCCAAAUUGUGCUCCAUUUUUAGAAUAACUAGGUUUGUACAUUAGGGCAGAAUGUGCCCCUCAGUGUCCAAGAUAAAUAUUAUUUCGAACUUAGCCAAAAUGAUGGCUUUGUAGAAGACAUUUCUUCCAGAAACAACCCCAUGCUACUGAAUAGCCUUAAAAGAGAUAGAGACAGAGUAGUACUUAAGCAAUUUGAUGAUGUGCCUCCUUUUUUUGCUGUGGUCCCAGUCUUGCAAGUCCAUUGUGCCACUUGAAAAGAGCCAUUUGAAAUCUCUUGGACUUCCUAUCUGAAUAAACUUAUCCAUAUAUUUAGCCAAUGUCUUUCUUGCAUGGGAAAAUUGGCCCAGUCCAGAACAGUCUUUGUAUUAAGCAAAUUCUCCAGUCUGAAAGCAAGCCUUUCAAAAUGACAAAGUGAAGGGGAAAGGACCAUAUGGUGCAGUGAGUUCUUAAAAUUGGGUAAUACUCCUUUCUAAAGUCCUGGAGGGCCAGGGCCAACCAGCAUAGUCUGCAGUGAGUUCAAUGGCCCAAUGAUCUGUCUCUGUUAGGCAGCUUCCUAUGAUUGAGAGUUCUCUUAUUCCAGAAAACAGAUCGGAAGAGAACCUGUAUUGAACUUGUUUGGUUCUGCUGUUUCUGUGGAAAAUAACAAACACUGCAGCCCUAAACACAUUUAUCUAGUAAAUCCAGUUAAUUUCUGCGGAAGGUACUUCCAAGUAGAAAUGUCCAGGUUCAAGGCCUAAAGGUCUUAAGACUCAUCCGAGAUCAGGAGUGAAAGCAAGCAUUCUCCCUGUAUAGUGAGGCUAGCUUCCUUCCACUUAUGCAGUGCAAACAAUAUGCCACUGUACUUACGUAGAAGCUAGUAUGACUUUUAUUCUCCCAUAUUUCAGAUGGGCUGCGUUUCUUAAAACAUAGCAUGAAAGUUUCUUCUCUUGGUGUAUUUUAAAAUCAUUGGGUUUUGUUAUUUUUUAAAAUGGUUCUGGGAAGCCAGAGCGGGUGAUACCACAGGAACUAACUGGUCAGCAUUCUCCUGAGCUCACUCCUAGCUCACCAUUCACAGUAUAUUUGUCUGUAUGCACCCUAAGUGUAUCCUAACCUAAUUUGUGUACUAGGAACACAUUUCAGCACUACCUGUUGGUGUUUCUGAAUAUGAAGAAGGUAAGCUGUGGCUCUGGCCUAUAGGACAACAGCCAUCCUUGGAGUAGAAUUUAUUGUAAAGUUAGGGGGGGUACCAAAAGAAAUGAUUGCAUGAAAUGUAACUAAGAAAAUAUAUACAGGAAAGAAGUACAUAGAAAAAAUGCAUGUCAGAGAGGAUAGGCUGAACAUUUUCAGAUUUCUUAAGUUUUCUUCGCACAUGGAAUACCCAAACAUGUGACCACCACACAACCUGCACUCUGUUGGCACUGUUCAGAAAAAGCUACCACUUAUAUAUCAAUUAACUCUGUCACUGAUUUUGGAGUAUGCACAAAAAAAUUAAGAGCAAGAUAAUGUCAACCUUAUCCUAAGCACAUUUUCUUAGAAAAAUUAUUCUAAGUAACUUAAAUGGAAUUUAUAUCCAAGUAAUAUUAGGAUUACAGCCUUAUAAAAUAUUAAUGUUUUUCCUCAAAUUCUAUGACAUUUACACUUGUGGGGUUUAGUUGUACUGAACUUUCUAAACAUUUGGAAUAUUAAAAUAUUUUAAAACUUAUUUUAACUUUUUCUUUUUUAUCUUUUGAAAAACAUUAAAAGCAUUAUUGCUGGUAAGCAUCUGAAGCCAUCCCACCCCUUUCAAAUAAAGCAUUUCAUAAUCAAGAUUUCUGAAGCAAUUCUGAUAAUUCUUAGCAUUUUUGAAAUUUUAUAUCAAUUCGUUUUACCAACUGAAAUUUAAAGUAACUUUGCAGAUAAUAAAAGACUUGUCAAAUAUUUGUACAUUUUCCACUUGCUAAUACACUGUUCUUCUACUUUAAAGCACAACAGUUUAUUGUACUUCAACAAAUGCGGUGUCUUUGUAAAAAAUGAGUAUUUUUACAUAUAAGCUGUUCUGUUGGAAAGUUUUUCUGUUCUUUGUAUGCCAAGACUGCAGUCCUACACAUGGUUCCUCAGUAGUAAGUCCUAUUUAGUUCAAGAAAACUUACACUUGGGUAAGUGUACAUAAGAUGGUUUCCUAAGAGCAUGAAUUGAAUCAGGAACCCAGUUCUGUGAGCUACAAUUAUUGGGAACAGAGUCUGAAACCAGACAUGAGAGUUGUGUGGCUGCCACUGAAAGGAGUCCUUGAUACAGGAGUACUGAUCCUGCCUACUGUAGCCCCAGCUGUCCUUGCUUUUUCUGCCUCACCAAUAAGAGCAAGUGCCCUUUUUCAGCUGAUGCUCUUCAAAAGUAACUGCCUUGUAUUGUUUCCUCCACUCUCAGCAACUGCAUGAACUACCAUUUAGUGGAUGUAACAUGGGAGGAAAGAAGGACUCAACAUGCAGAGCUGUUUUCAGCAUUGAGCCACACAGCAUCUCAGAAGACUAGUUCCAGCCUGAGUGUUCCCAAGCCAAUACUGGUCAUCACUUAUAAGCUGUAAAUACUGAGAACAAGCAGUCCACUGCCACUUGUUAAUUCUUUGAGACACAGUUAGAAUGCUAUUUAAUUCUCAUUUCAAUUUCAUGACCUUCUGUAGCUCAAUCAUUUUUUAAAAAAAAAUCUCCAUUUUUCUAUUCUGUCAGGGGUGGCAUAUCAUGUUUGUGUAACUGCUAUGGUACUAAUGAUCUAUUGCUACAGUGUAUCUUAAAAUUUAUAAGAUGUUAAAAGAGUUCAUGCAAUAUAAUAAAAAUACUUUAAAAACUUGCAAAUAUAGCCUUUGUGAUUCUUGGUCCUUUAAAAAACUAUUCCUGGACUCGCAUGAUAAUGCAUCACUGUUAUUUCACUAGCAAUGCACUCUUCUCAUGAAAAAGCUAAUUGCUCAUGUAAAGCUAUCCCCCCUCCAAAAAAAAAACAUGCUUAUGCAGAAGUAAGUAACAUGCUUAUACAGAAGUCAGUGGCGCUUGCUCUGAAGUAGCUGUACACAGAACUGGAACCUUAUGGUAUAUAUAUAUUUUUUUAAUGAAAACCAAAAGAUGCAUUGAGACAUGUUAGUUAAUAAUUUUUUUCUUGAUGUUACAAAAUAAAGCUGGGUGUUCUUUCAUUGUG